AUGUUAAAGUUUUAUAAAUUCAGAAAACUUUGCCAUUAUAUAAAAGUAAGCAAUUAUGCCAAUUUUGUAAGAGGAAUCCAAAAUGUAGGGAUAGACGAUAUACCUAAAAUAUCAGUGACUGAUAUUCGAAAAUUGUUGCGUCAAAAAGGUUUCGCAGUGCAAGAUGGGUACACAUCUCUCAUUACAAGAUGUACUAUAUGCUGUGAUGGAGAGAAGAAAACUGAAAACAAAGUCUUCAUAAAUAAGACUACCGGGUAUUUUUUGUGUUCAAAAUGCAAUACUUAUGGUGAUUGGAACACACUCGAGAGGCUUAUCAAAAAAUCGAAGGUGGACGGAACUCUUAAAGAUUACUUAGAAAAAUUACACCAAGAAAAAAGUCAUUUUCUAAAUGAUUGGCAAAAUGUAAUGGAGCAAACAAGCUCAUUAUUAGAUUUAAGUGAAACUGAAACUCAUGACCUCUUUCGCCUUUUUGAAUUUCCAUACCAUCUUGAGGCCCCCAAAGUAUUAUGUGAUGUUAGAGUCUCUAAGGACCACACAGUUUUAUAUUUUCCCUUAAAGAACACUUUAAAUAUAAUAGUUGGGUAUCGUAAAAUACAAGCUGGCAAUGAAGAGAAAAUUGAGAAUUAUGGCUACCACAUAGGUGGCUUAUUUUUAUGUAAAGCGCAAAAGACAAACCGUUUUGAACAAGCAAUUUUAGUUCCUAGCAUACAUGAUGUGCUGCACUUAGCAGCACAAAAAGUACCUGGUAAUUUAAUAUGGUUAAGUAACUGUAGCUUACCACCUGUUGUACUUCCUGUAUUGGAAAACUAUCAAAAGUUAUGUUUGUGGGGUGACUGGGAGAAUAUGAGAGCUGUUUCUGAGAAAUUGGGUGAGGAUCGCUGCUUUUUUGUCAGACCAACGGAUGGGUUAGUAACCGCUUCGGAAGCAGCUGUUGCUAAAUUAUCACUCAAAACAUUGGUGUCUGAAGCUAAACCGGCGUCACACAGAUCAAUAACUACAUUUGCAGCCCUGAGAGAUGAUGUCUAUGCUGAGCUUACAAAUAUUGACAAGGUUCGAGGUGUAAAGUGGAAAAGAUUUCCAGCGCUAACACGUCUACUAGGCGGUCACAGGCGUGGUGAACUGACCAUAAUUACAGGUCCAACUGGCUGCGGAAAGACCACGUUAUGCGCGGAGAUGUCUCUUGACUUAGCACAACAAGGUGUAACAACACUAUGGGGUAGUUUCGAAAUCCGUAACUUCCGCCUGGCCCGUACAAUGCUGCAGCAGUUUGCUGGCGUUCCUUUGGAACAGAACCUCGAAGAGUUUUCAAAGUUUGCUGAUGACUUUCAGAAACUGCCGAUGUUCUAUCUCGCUUUCCAUGGACAGCAACCGAUCAAAGUUGUCAUGGAAGCAGUGGAGCACGCAAGAUAUAUGCAUGACAUUGCGCAUGUAAUAGUGGACAACGUCCAGUUCAUGCUAGGAUUAGGCGACGAGCGCGAAGGAGAUCGAUAUUUACGCCAAGACGCUGUCAUCGCGGCCUUUAGGACGUUCGCCACUGCGAGACAUUGUCACGUUACACUCGUUAUGCACCCUAGAAAGGAACGCGACUCGGAAGACCUUUCAACGAGCUCAAUAUUUGGAAGUGCCAAGGCAUCGCAAGAAGCUGACAAUGUUUUAAUCAUUCAGGAUAAACGUUUGACAGCGGUGAGAGGGAAGAAAUAUUUGCAAAUAGCAAAAAAUCGUUAUAGUGGUGACCUUGGCAUUGUGCCCUUAGAGUUUGACAAGAAUUCGCUUAGCUAUCAAUCAAAGAAAAAGCCUAAAAAUAAAGAAGAAGAACCAGAUAAACUUCUAGACGAGUGUUUUCAAGAAUAUUCACUAGAGGCACCCACUGCAGGAUCAGACAUUAGCCGUAAAAAAGGUAAACAUAAUAGAAAAGAACAUGUUGAUAGUUUUCUGAGUGAUAUAUUAAAUUUAAAUAGAACGAGAUAG